AUGAUUGCUGGUCUCUAUGAACCGCGAAUUGAGCGAUCAAAUAUGGCUGGUGGCAACAGAAAGAUCAUCCUGAGUGAAAGUAUCUCCUUACCAGCAGCUAUCGCAGUGGACUUUAGAGAUAUGAAGAUCUACUGGGCGGAUGUCAAUCGUCUGAACAUCGAAUGCAGUGAUUAUGACGGCAAUAAUAGAAAAGUAAUCGGAGCUGGAUAUCGUGCCAAGUCAUUAGACUUGUGGGAUCAGUGGAUAUAUAUGAGUGAUCCUCUAAGCAAUGGAGUUUUCCGUCUCAACAAGGAUUCUGGCGGUAGCAUUGAGACAGUGGUUGGAGAUCGUCGUAUCCCAGGAACUUUGAGAGUGUUUGCCUCGGAAAGCGAUGUGAGAACCAGAAAUCAGAUAUGCAACGCUUUGACAUCAUCCCUGUGCAAGACUGAUAAUGGAGGAUGCGAUCAGGUAAAAAAUCAAAAAUCUCAAUCCAAGCAUAGAGUGGGAUAGUU